AUGUCUUUUUCUCAGCUCGGAUAUCCUUACACCACGUCUUCUCAGUUUUUCGUCUCAGCCAGCUCCAGCACCGCUUGCUGCGACUCCGGAUCCCGAUCCGUAUCAGAUGUUUCCUCGGGAUCUUCCCAAACCGCGACCCUCUGCUGUCCCUCCUACGAGAACCGGCUCUUGGCGAGCUCCAGGACGGAUCUCAAUGCGGCGCUGGGGAUGUACGGCUCGCCCUACGCAGCCGCCGCGGCCGGCCAAGGUUACGCCAAUUACCUCCCUUACGGCGCGGAUCCGUCUACUCUGUAUAGCACACUGAACACCCAGUAUGACAUCAAGGACAGCUCCUCGGCUUUGCACGCAGGGAUUACGCAGCCUGGAGCUACCGCCUACUACACCUAUGAUCAUUCCUUUGGGCAGUACCAAUACGACAGGUACGGAACAGUGGAUUUCAGCAGCUCAGCCAGGCGCAAGAAUGCCACCCGGGAGACCACCAGCACUCUGAAGACAUGGCUCUAUGAGCAUCGGAAAAACCCGUACCCCACCAAAGGGGAGAAGAUCAUGCUGGCCAUCAUCACCAAAAUGACCCUCACACAGGUCUCCACCUGGUUCGCCAAUGCUAGGAGGAGGCUCAAGAAAGAGAACAAGAUGACCUGGUCUCCCAAAAACAAAGCAGGAGAAGAGAGGCGAGAGGACAGUAGAAGGAAUGGGGAAGACUGUGGCAGUGAAAAUGAAGACAAAGAUCCUAAAAGCUGCAAAGAGGAAAAGGAGUUACGACUCAGCGAUCUAGAAGACUUGGAGGAAGAGGAGCCAGAAAUCAAGGCAGAAGCUGAGCCGAAACACCUGCACCAAGAAGGCCUAAUUAUUGGUAGCACCUUGGCUGAGUCUCAGAAGAGCCGCUGCAGUUUGACCCCAUCCAGCCAUUUCCAUACCUUUCCAUGUGCCAAGGGUGACUCAGCUGUUACAGGGGACUUUCUUGGCCACAAGGGGACCACGUUAGUUGGCAGUCUUGGAACUCAAGGCCUACGCUAUGAAGCUCCAGAGAAACCAAGGAUCUGGUCUUUAGCCCAUACAGCGGGUGCCAACGUAAUUGUAGGGCCUGCUGCCAAUUCUGCUCAACGGACGGAAAGCCCUGACUGUUUGGUGCUCAGGGGAAGGCCCCCUGCAGCUGGUGGACAAUGCAGUGAGGGCAGGUCCCUGAGCAGUCUUGUGCGAACGCAGCCCAUGCACGGCAAGGCCUUAGAGGAGUUGGCACAGCCGACGAAGAUUUUUAAGAAUUCAACCUUCAACCUGCAGUCCAUUUCGCUAAACUAUGCUUCAUACCCCAUGCUGGGGGAGACCUGUCAAUAUGCAGCAGGAGCUGAAGGGUUUGGGAGAAACAUGAGGACUUCUCAAAAUUCUCUAGAUUUGAGUGAAGUUUGUCUCGGACAGCAUAAAGACAAACUGAGGACAGCUUUCAGGCCGGUGCUAAAGAGGUGA